CAGUUCGCAAAAUAAAUGCUUUAGUGAAAGCUGCAAAAGUUAGACUUGGUUACAACCUUUUGUUUUUUUUUUUCUUUAAUUUUUUUUUGUUUUUUUUUUAUUCCUGCUCUGAAAAGCAUACACUUCCGUGUGCCCUUCUUCCAAGGGGCUUGAAAAAACAAUUCCUAUAUGGUUUGGGUAAUAACCUUCUCGGAAUAUAUACAUGUUAAUGUAUUUAAUGAAGUGUAGAGUAGGAAAGCGAAAAAGCACGGACAAUGUCUUGACAUCGAAUCCAUUUGUUUAACGAGCUCCAAAUUAAAGAUUGAUGAGGAGAUGCAAGAGGGAGCCGUAUUGAUUGGUGUGUUUCCGCCCAGUAACAGGAGAGAGUGGUACAAGAGAGGAAGGCUGUUUCUAAGGGGUGUGGCGUAUGCGUGCAUGCGAGACUGAUUAAGUGCCUCGGCGGUGUUGGACGACGAAUAGAAAGAAGGCAUUACUGGGGCAGUAGGAAAGAAAGAAAAAAAGAAUGAAGGGGUGCAAGAAAUGACGUGCAAGGCUGUGCGUGCGUGUGUGUGUGUGUGGGUGUGUGUAGAAGUUGUGCUCAAUUGGGUUAAUGGUCUGUGCCUUCUCUCCCUCACUGUGCAUAUUGAUUGGUUAGGUGCUCCCCUUUUGCUCUGGUCUGCAGGGGUGUCAGGGAGAGAAGGAAAAAGGAGUGAGGGGAGGCACUUCAUUCCCACUGUCUCUCUCGCUGUUUUUCUCUCCAUGUGGCUGGCAUGGCGUAAUGCGGGUGCCAUUUGGUUGCUUGAUUUUUUGUUUCUGUAACUCGUCACCCUUCAGAGGUCAUUUUGCGCCUUGAGGUUGUCACUUACCUUUUUCUGUUUUCUUUUUUCUUUUUUUUCCCGCCCCUUUUUAUCAGAGCUGGCACUGUUUGAGCAGUUGGUGCAGGGCCCUAUAUUAAUGGGUGCAGAGUGCUGCUUGCCUGUGCUGGGUGGGCGUUGGCGAAUAUGCCCUCCGCGGUAGUUGUGUUUAUGCGACCAGGGGGUGUGGUCAUGGCGUGCGUCGCGGCACCCUCCUCGUCCCAUUUUCGCCCUGUCAGAACUAUGGGCUUUUAGCUUUCAGAGCUUAGUAGCUAAAGGAGGUGUGCCUGCGACCACAUCCUUGCCAACGCUGUCUUCUGUAGCCUUGCUUGAAGAGCUCUAUUGGCGCGAAGAAAAGCUGCUCAGUGUCACUGGAGCUGGAGUGGUGGGACAGAUUCGGUCAAACAUUGUGCCCUGCCAACAUUGGAAGUGAACAGGACGCAGUGCAGUUGUGGAACAAACACAUUGUGGCUGGGUGCUGGUGCACUCUGCAGCCCCGGCGUAGGUUUGGUGGCUCAGAGGCACGUCAUCUUCGUUGAGCAGCGGAACUUGUGCAACGAACAUCGUGACAUCUCAGCGAAUGAUGUAACUCGUGAUUUCGGUCCCCCGACGGCUGGUCAGUUGUGGGCCUCUUGCCAUGACUGUCUGGCCUGCUGCUGUCUCGCGUGUCACCUCUACCUCCCUUGCAUUUCUCUGUGUAUGCUAAAUUUGCCUUGGUUCUUUUUUUUUUUUUUUCUUUGCCUCCUUGUUUGGAAUUUUUUUUUUUUUGUUACCCUGACCCAAGCCUCUCGUGCGACAUUUUCUUUGAGCGUGGCACUGCGCCUCAAGAAGCGACGCUCAGCAGCAGCACACGAGCACAUUAAAGCCAUCGCCAUCCUCCGUGCGCCCUGUUUUGCGGCUGGCAUCUGCGCUACCCCCCAGUUUUCGGAGGAAACACCAGCCGUGGCAGUGACAGCCAAGGCAUCGGAACCUGAGACAGUGCAAAAAAAUAUUGAGGAGGAAGUCACCAAAGGUGGAGGAGAACAAGAAGAAGACGACGACGACGACACCACGGCGGCUGUUUCAUCAGCUGAGAGCAGUAGCGCCUUUGAAGACCUGCGGGCACCUCUGCUGAAGACGCCACCUGGUGGCUUGUUACGUCGUCGCAGUCUGGCCGCCAGGCUCCGACGCCUCAGCCGAUUGUCACUGUCGGCUAGUGGCUCGGCUGAGGGCUCAUCGCCUGAAAAGCAUAAGGGAAGUGGUGGCAAUGAGGCGGCACCCGUUGUCCCAGCUACUAUAGUCCGGCCUCCAACCAAAGGAAUCUUGCGUCGCCAGAAGGUGCACUGUUGCAGCAGUGGCAGGCACAGGGGACUGCCGUCGACCUCUUCUUUUGGAGGUGGCACUGAAAGCAGUGAAGGGUCACCUGAGCACCGUCCCAUGAGUCCAGGCCGUUUCUGCAAGCGUGCCUUCGGACGAGUCUUUGGUCUCAGUGAUGCCUCGCGUCAUCGAGCAGAUGGCGUUGCUACAACAGUAGAUGAAGAACAGGAGGAGGAAGUGACUUCACCGAGAGAGCCCAAGGUGGUCAGCAUUUCAGAACCACUGGAGAGGUCACCAUCAUCACGACAUCAUGGUGGCGAUACGUGGCGCCACCGAUCUGCAACCAACAGACCUCGGAAGCCUCCCCUUGUGUUUGGUGGCACGUUCCCAAUCGAUGAACCUGUGGGUCUGCGGGGAGCCAAGUCUCCUUUCCGCAGUGCUGUCGAGGGGAGCCUUAGUGUGGCAACGUUUCCUGUCGAUGCUUUCUGCUGUGCAGCACCCAACCUGUGUCAGGGACACGCACAGCACCGACCAGUAGAAUCGUCGUUCUGUAAAAGUCGCGACAGUGGCGCUAUUGCAAAGAGCUCAGUCGCUUCGACUAGUGAGUCCGAGCCUGAGAGCAAAGUAUCAUCUUUUGGUAAGAUGCACGAGGCAGGCACACCUAGACUGCACAAACAUAGCCAACCGCUUGCGGCCUCAGAUUCCAGUGGGGAGACCAAAAGUUUUGCACCUUCUGCGCACCCAAGGUGGAAGGGUUCAAGCUUCAUGCAUUUCCUGUCUGGUGAAUCUAAGCUGCAUAAGUCGUGAAUAGUAUGGGAUUUAUAGAGGUAAAAUACUGCAGUGAAACUUUCUUAUCGAGAUCAGCUUCCACUGGAAAAUAAUGUGUGUCUACUAUUGAUACCUCAAGGGCAUAGAGCUUGCAUUCUCACCGCCUUAUGCUGCGAAUAUAGCUUGUGAAAGUAACACGGCCAACACUGAAUGACAGGCCGUAAGUGUAAUUUGUUGGAUUAGAGUAGGAAUACAGGACGAGGAGGAAGUUUGAUGCAUGACUCGCUCUCUUUUGAAAGCACGUUCAGAGGAGGCAGACUGUUGCAAGAUUCUCAGCUGCAGUAGUAUCACACAAGUAAUGUAAAGGAAGUGUAAUGAAUAUUAUUGUUCCGCAUCCGAUGAGAACUGUCUGUACAAUUUCCAAGCUAAGCCAUAGGUUGCUCGGGGUGAAGCUCACUUCCAAUGUUCUGCGUGGUGUUGCCCCCCUAUUGCUGUAAAUGUUUCCGCAAAAUAUUUUUUUUUCUUUUUGUGGAAUAUGCUUAUUCUUAGUUUAUUUUGCACAUUUAGUUGAGAAAUAAACUUUCUUCAGGUAUUUAUGUACAUAUUUCGUUCUUAAAGGUCCAAGUGAAAACCGGGCUGUUGUAAUCGUAAUUUUUAAUUUUAACCCAAGUGAGUGCAGUCAGUGUUGAUUUUAACUACAAAAGCUCUGUAAGGACUGUCUGACUUCCACGUCAAGGUAAAACGCCUGCUAACAUUCUGUUGGUUUGAUUCUGUUAAGGCUGUUGGCUGCGUAGUUGCAGUAUCUUGCACACCAUGUUUAUAGAUUGCUUACAGAGAUGCAUUGAGGUUUACUCUGUUUUUUGCUGAGCUUUAACUAGUGCCUGAAUUGGAAUGGGAUACAGUCUUGGUGUGAAGCACUCGAAAGGAGGAGUUGCAAGCAUGCCCUUGGCGGAGUUUGGUUCUGUUUACUGUUCAGCCAUUGUUGAGCCAUUCGAGAUCUUUUUAGACUGUACGGGAAGAUGGUUGCGUCAGCAUUGUGAUAUAUUAUGGGGAUUCAUAUGUGUAACCAAUGAGGUGCUGCUGAAACUUGCAGGAAAAAUCCAAUCGCACAAGAGCAAAGGAGGAAGCUACCUGUCGCAUUUUUUGCACAUGGUCGUGGUUUGUGUUCAAAUGAAUCCUUCGUUGUUUUGGGGCCAAUUGAUGCACCAUGCUUGUGCAAAGGGUAUGGAACCAACACUUAAAUAAGGAAUGAUCAUCAUUGUCAGUGGGACUAGUGGGCAAUCAGACAUACGAUCAGUAUUGUGCAGUUCCUGCACAAUGCGGAGUUACAAGCUUUUAUUUGAUUUUCUUUUAUCCCCCAUAUGCCUUGCAGCAAAUCCUCCCAGGGGUAAAAAAAAAAAAAAAAAACACACACAAUGUGCAUAUUGGGUCAUGGAGUUUGAUUUUGAUUGGGGUUCAUAAUUCAAGAAUAUGAUGCAGCUGUCUUUCUAGUACUAGGCCUAUAUAUUUGCAUCUGUGGCUACUGUAGAGAGGCUGAUCGGAAAGGAAAGUUUCACUGUAGAUUUAGCAAAGAUGGGCUCCCUCCAAUGCCUUCCAGUGGUUGGUAGCACCUAUGUCUUCUGUCUUUAUAGUUUUUUUUUUUUUUCUUAUGCCACCUCUUGGCAUGUUCCUAAGCCAUGUUCAUAGUAAGGCACUAUACCUUUAACCUGUGUAGUACUGGAUGCAGUACAUGCUCUUUUUGUUCCCAGUAGCACUUGGUGCUUUCAGCCUGUUUGUGUCUCUUAAAUGGUGUGGAAUGCAUUUCCUGUUGUGUAGUUGAACUAAGCACCAGAAACAUGCUUUUAUUGUUUGGAACAAAAACCAUGACUGGGUUAUUUCUAAGGGAAGAAAUAGCCUUAAUUUUUAUGACCCUGUUCUGAAUUUUGAGCAAGGCAGAAUGUCCUCUCCUGUCUUGGUGCUUUCGUGUUUACUAUACUACCGGUACAAACACAGCUCUGUCACUUAGUAGGAUAGAAUUUUAAAAGGCGACGUUGGUGCCAUUAGCAUUGAAACCUUGGUGACUUUAUAGUACCAGUAGGAAGUAGUAUUUCUGCUGCAAUUGUUAUUCUGUUGCCGGGGUUUCCAAAUAUGAAGAAAAUUUCACUGGAUUUAAUUGGGGUUGGUCAUUUUAAGAUUUCAAACCUCUUUGUGUAGUGUAUGUGAGGCCAGAUUCUGAUUAAAUGUACUUGAGGCUGUCAUUGAAGUUCUAGUAAAGUUUUGCGUCUAGUAAUUAGGAGUGAAGAGUUAGGUUUUUGUUAUAGUAUGGGCUCAUUCAGCUCAGUAGUUUCAACUUUCUGAAAAUGCCAUUGUGGCAGUAGGGCCUGUAGGUGAAAGGUGAGAUGAUAGUGUACGUAGAUCUGUGAGCAUAUUGAUACCACAAUAGACAUGACACCAAGAUUAGCCAGCCAAAGAUGAGCCAGAUAUUUUGGCACACAUAUUUUAGAAAUUUUACACUUUCUCAUCAUUGCUUAGUGUACAUGUGCUUUACAGCUGAAGCUACAAGAUUUCUGAGUAGUAGUAGUAUGCAGUUCUGGGUUCGUCCUCACUGCAGCUGCCUUUAGUUGUUUAAACCUAAUUUUUCUGUGGCUUAACUGUUGCACUGUGGUGUGGGACAUGACUGUAAAAGUGUAAUAAGUGCGCAUUGCAUAAAUGUUAAAGGCAGCAGGACUAGGUUUCUUCUGUUAAAAAAUUGUUUCUCACUUUGCCUAAAUUAUUUGUUGGUCUUUUAGGCAUUGCUUUCAUGGCACUGAGAAUUCCAAGGCACUAAUUGUAACUAAGUUGUUGUGUAACUUUGCAUCUUUUAUUAGCUGCUAGUUGAAACAUUGAUCCAUAAGCAUCACUUGUCACUAGGUUGAAUAAUUCAUAUUUGGGAGAUAAGGCUCUUUCAGGACUGAUUUUUCUAUUCUAUUGUAAUUUCUGUUAGAAGAAUAUCUUGUUUCUCUUAUAGUACCUGUACCAGUACCGCUAAGCAUUCCUCGAAAACUACUGGAACAGUUAUGUUGCCUGUGUGCUUACGUCACCUCAUGUGUAAUGCUGAAACCCAGUCACAGUCACACAUGGGAGUGAAGCAUAAGGAUGUGUGCACUGUUUUGAUGAGUGACUUUCACUAAAUGUAGUCUAUCUAAAAAGGGUUAUUUGUAAUUGGGUUACAUUUAUGCACUAGUAGAAAUUUUCAUGUAGCACAGCUGUAAAGGCACUUGCUUUUUUUCAUAACUGGCCAUUAUCUGUCCCUCCAUUUACUCUGCAUUUGAAGUCUAAUUAGACAUGUUUGGCUGUAACCAGAGAGUGAGUAAUGUAAGCAGGCAAAGCUUCCAACUGAUUUAAGAUCUGUUUAUCUUAAUAGAAGUUAUCUAAACAGCUGUGCACUGAAUCUAUGGGAAAGCCAAACAAAGGUCCAUGAACCAUUCAGCUUAUCAAAGAAUAUGUCUCAACAGAGUUUCAUCAAAGGGAAAAUUGUCAUCCACCCGAAUAUAGCACGAAGCUACGAAGGAAACCCAUAAGGGUUUCUCGGAAAAAUCCGUCCUGGACCGGGAUUCGAAUCCAGGACCAACUCCUUUCUGGGGCAGUUGCUCUACCAUCUGAGCUAAGCACGAGGCCAGCAGAUCGCAUCAUGAGGGUAAACAAUUGGCAACUUAAAGCAAAGCAGCAGUGAAUAUGACAAAUCAGUUCUGCGGAAAAUCCGGAAGGUGGAGGAAGUCUCAUCAAAGGGAAAUUUGCCAUCCACCCGAAUAUAGCACGAAGCUACUAAGAAAAUCCAUACGGGGUUCUCAGACUGAAAGCUUUACAGUUGUGGGAAAAUUCGUCCUGGUUGUCAACAGAGCUUGUCUUGAACAUUAUCUGCUGUACAGUGCAAUCCACCCAUAACAUUUACAUUACCAAAAAACCUGGUCUGUCUUACCCAUUAUCAGGAUUUCUGGAGUGACCUUAAAACUGUCACACAAGAAUAUGAUAGACCAGCAUAAGGGUAUACUUCAUUUCUCUCGUGGUCAUUACUGAUGCAGUGUCAAAAGCGAGUACAUUGAAGUGACUUUAUCACAGAAAUAAAUAUGGGAAGAAAAAAAUUAUUGUAACGCUCUGUCCGCAGUGAAAGGAACUACUGUGUUAGGCACGAGCCGAAUGGAGGGUCUGAAAUCGGUGCUUCUUUCUAUGGAGGACAGAGCUUCAUCACUGUUCCAGCCACUGCACAUAGCAGACAGUGCUUGU